AUGAGCGAAAGUCGGCAUUUAUUCGAAUAUUUUGUUACCGUUGGAUUAAGCGAUUCACCCGAAGAUUUAACGCUAUCAGCAAAAGAGUGUGGAUGCCGUAAUGCUGCGCCAUUAGCACCUAUAACCGACAUAUGUGUCAUCUUUCCUGGCCUUGGAGAAACAGUGCCAGAAGGAUUUGAAUGCAUAGAGAGUACACCGUCAGGACAUCCAGCAGAUCUCAAUCAUGGUUCAUUACGCACACCAUCGGUGUUCGUGUGUUUUCGACGUGGAUAUCACAAGCCGCCUCUUGUUGAUAUUGGUGUUUUGGAUGAAGGUCGAGGUGAAAAACCAAUGCUUGAUUCGAAUAUUCUUUCCACAACUCCAUUCGGACGUCCAGCGAACGUCAAUAAUGCGUCUCAAGGUGUUUACUUAACCUAUCGUCGGGCACAACCGAACUCAGCACCAAGCCAGUUGGUUGUAACACACAUCUGUGUAUUAUUGGCUAAUAAAGGUGAAUAUGCACCGCAUACUUAUUAUAAAAUACCGAAGAAUCUCAAUAAGGGAAUGGUUGGCUCGGAUGUGUAUAUAUGUUAUAAGAAAUCACAAGGAACGUCAAAACGACUCGCGUACAAGCCAAAUGUAUUGGAUCGGUUCCCGUCCGAUCAGGAAUUUGCAUUAGCACAAAACAUACCAAUGUUUUGUUUACCAAUGGGCGCUUUGAUUGAAUGUUGGCCAGCCAAAUGUCAACCGCCCGAAAAAUCAUUUUCCACUUUUGUUCUCACUGAUCAGCACGGAAGCAGGUAUUAUGGAGCGUGUGUGACGUUUUAUGAGACUUACAAAGGUAAAUUGACUGAUGAACAAUUGGAGAAACUUGAUAUAACACCAGCGUUGAGUGCACGUGGCGCUGUGGAUGACUCGUCCAGCACAAACGACCCAACUGAACAGAUGUACGAAGUGUCAUUUCCUUCUCCGCGAUGUCCUCGUGUACUAGUACAAUUGGGCAAUGAAACAAUAUCACUAGAAAGCCACGAUGACUCGCAACUUCCUUUAUCUGGUGCUGCAUUAUUCGAUGCUCUCAAAUGUUUGGGCGCUGAUAACUUAAUGUAUCUAAUGUUGCUGGCAUUACUGGAGCAGAAAAUACUGGUGCAUUCGUUGCGACCGUGGUUGUUGACAGCCGUUUGUGAGAGCGUAUGCGCAUUAAUGUUUCCAUUCCACUGGCAGUGUCCCUACAUACCACAGUGCCCCCUUUCACUAGCCGGUGUUCUGCAUGCACCUUUACCGUUCAUCGCUGGGGUUGAUUCUAGAUAUUUCGAUUUAUACGAAGACCCUCCAGCUGAUGUAACCUGUUUUGAUUUGGAUACCUCCACUGUCAGUUUCUCGUCAGUGCGACAAACCUAUAAGCUCAACGUUUUACCGAAGCGUGCAUCACGACAACUGAAGAAUAAUUUGGAGAAGUUACAUCGCCGUUUGUAUCAAGAAGAAUUUAACGUGAUAACGUUACGUAAAAAUAUGGACUAUAUGCCAUUGGAUGUUGACUAUCAAAUACAACGCAAGAAACGUAUGCUUGAAGUCAGUGUGCAGGAUGCUUUUCUUAAGUUUAUGGCAUCUUUAAUGCAUGGCUAUACAGCGUACCUGAGGCCGAUAAGGAGUGCGCCGAGACGGGUUGGUGAUACGGAUACGGGGUCGUUAUUCGAUUUGGAUGCUUUUCUUCGAUCGCGGGAUAGAUCAUCGAUAGAAUUCUUCAAACGUUUUUGUGAGACGCAGUCGUUUAAUCGUUUCAUCGAAGAACGAUCGUUCGUGUCUGAUAAGAAUGCCUAUAACGCGUUCUUUGACGAUUGCAUUGCUAAGAUCAAUCCGAACGAUGAGCGGACAUUGGAAACUUCGAUGCUCGAUAUGGAGAUAUCAACGACGAAUCAAACUGAAUUCACACCUCCACCUGAACCGAUGAUGGACAGUGAUGGUAAUGAAAUGCAAUUCAAGUACGAUCACUUUCCACGACACCUCAAUCCAGUUCUCUUUCAACUGGAUUCACUGAAUCGUAUAUCAAAACGACAUUUCGAUGUAUCAUCGGAUCGACUCGCUGCAGAUAGAAUCGGAAGUGCGCUAUUACGCACAAAGCAAGAGAUACGAAACGCGAUCGAGAAUGCGGUUCACUCAUUAGAGCAAACACAACUCUCAUGGCCAAAAACAUUACUGUUUUACGCGUAUUCUAUAUGGUUUAUGUUGUUACCGUCACUGUUGCAUAUCGCCAAGUCUAAAGUGUUGGAUCAGAUUGAACAAAGUGGCGUUGCGGUAUUGGAUCAAGUAUGCUAUCGAAUACUUAUUCAGUUGUGUGGUGAUUUUGGGCAACCAUUAUUGGCUGUUAAGGUUCUGCAAGCAAUGCAGCGUAAUGGUUUAGAGCAAAAUGCAGUGACUUAUGGCAUUUAUCAUCAAGCAGUUCUGAAUGCGACUUGGCCGGUUGGUAAUCAAUUAACAGCGAUCAAAGCGUGGAAUCGAACCGCAAUCGUGCUCAGGGCGAUCACGCAAUUCAGAUUCAACUUAGUUAUUCAAAAACGAAAACAAUCUUUGCAAGUCUCUGAUACGACAUCGGCAAUGGAGAGCAGUUCAUUGAAUGAAAAACAAGCUGGUAACAGUGAAUCGAAAGAAAUUGCUGACGCGAGCAGUGAUAUAGUGGACGAAGAUGAGGAACAACUUGAAACAGCACCGUUUGUCAUUAGCGUACAUCCAUUGGAAAAUAAUGAAACCGAGAAUGCGACCCCAGAAAUUGUCAUUGAACAAGAGAAUGCAGCAGAGGAUGCUCAAAACGGUCAAGAACUAGAUCCAUUGGGUGCGUUGAGUAUCGAUAACUCUGAUGCGAAUAAAACAACUGAAUCACAAUCAGGAGCAUCAAUAUCAAAAAAGAGAUCAGAGCAAAUCAAUCAAAAACAAGAAUUUAUGAGUCCCAGUCGUGCGAGAUUCAUUCGUGAGCAUAGCGCCUCACCAUUCUCUCAAGAGGUUCCUACUCAAGAGGUUGAUAAUAUGAAACGAACUGAAAGGUCGUCGUCAUGGUUGAAGGGUCUUACAAGUAGUCCUAUAAUAAACAAAAUUAUGCGAAGUCAUACCACAAAAGUUAAAUGUUCAGAUAAUUUGGAUACAUCGAAUGAUGCGAAUGGAACCGUCGCAUCGUUGACAAUAUCACCGAGUUUGUCGUCGUUGGUGAGUCAAGUGAAGAAGGGAUAUGACGAUGUGAUACAGUCGACGAAUCUAUCAACACGACUACGUGAUGGAGUUCAUUCGUUGGUGAAUGAAAUGAAAAGUUUGAAUCGUUCCUACAACACCAACAAUACAUCGUCGCAUUUUUCGAACGCGAUGAACGACACUGCGCAUUUGAAUGGACGAGAUGAAAAUGAUGAAAUCUUAUUCAGAGAGAUGUUAUGCGAUGAAUCGUCAUUAUUUCAACUGGACACAGGCGCGUCUUGUUCGAUAGUCCCCGUUGAAUGGUGGUUGAGCGAUCAGAUUUACUCACCGUCCAAUAUACCGGAUGGACCAAUCGAUAUGGUAUACGAUGAAGAGUUGAUGGCUGGUUGGGCAGUGGACGAAUCGAAUCUGAAUACGUGCUGUCCAUUUUGUGAAUUCACUUUCGUGCCAUCGCUGACCAUCAAAAUACGAACCCGAUCAACACCAGUCCAAUCCAGUUGGUAUUAUCCGUCAAAUUUUCAAUCGUCUUCAAACAAUCGCCACAACAAUUCCAAUAAAUCACCAUCACCAUCCAAUAUUGACCACUCGCCAUCAUCAGAUUGCAUCAACACGCAACUUUCUGUUUGUUUCAUUUAUGUCUCUCACUCUAAUGUACCGUUCGUAAGUCCGCUGGUGUUGCGUCGUGAACUGGAGAAUUUAUUGGGAAAUGAUUAUUUAUCAGCGAUAUCGUCAUCGUUGAGACAUUCACAUCCAAUAAUCUAUUGGAAUGUUCUGUAUUAUUCACGAAGACUCUCGUUACCGACGCAUCUGUGUUCAUGGAUUGCGUUGAAUGUGCACGUGCGUUGUGUUUAUGACGUUGCCGAGAUGCACUCUAGCAAUACACCGCUCUACUUCGCGAAUCCAUCACAUCAUGAUGGUUUAUUACCGACGAGUGAGCGUCCACUGGCAGUAUGGCAGCACGUGGUCGAUUCACUGCAGCAGUCAAGUAUAUUGCGUGCUCUUCAAGGUUUAUUGACAGAAUACAGACGUGUCAAUGAUGGCGUCAAAAUACGAAGUCAUUACGCUCUUUUUAGAGAUAUUCAAUUCACGGCAUUGGAUCGUUUUGGUAGUGCGGUGGAUCGUGAUCAACUGGACGUGCAGUACGCAUGUGACUUCGAACGAUUACCACCUCGCAUUUUGUCGAUGCUGAGCGUAGAGGAUUAUCCACCGAGAUUGGUGACACGCGCUUGUAGAAAGAUAUUCUUACCACUCGAUUUGAUAUGA